AUGAUUGCCUUUGCGGAGAAUUUCAGGGCAUACGCCCCCGAAUCAGGAUACUCCGACGAAGACUUAAUCGUCAAAAUCAGGGAGCAACGGUCGACCCAUAUUCAAACGGUCAUGUCGGUAAUGGAGACUUUAGAUCCCUCCAAGAUCCCAACCACUUGGAUGGACUACCUGGAAUUCUGCCUAGAGAUCGAAAUCAAACAUCUCCAGCAGAUGACGGGCAACAAGUCUACCGGACAAACCACUGGAACCAAGGCGACCGCUCCUAAGGACCCUAACGCAAUGGACACCAGCGCACGGAUCGCACACGAACUUUCCCCGGAACAAGACAGGUGGCUGGCAAACAAGCUAUGCUUGUUUUGCGGAAAGCACGCCUAUGAACGGGGAAAGCGGUGUCCCUCCCCCAAACCGGAAUACAAGGGCAAGCGGUUUCAGACACGAGCCACCCCAAAGCAAGGGCAAGGAAAAGGGAAGGGCAAAACAUCGAACGUCCGACAGGUGGAGGAAGAAAGUAGCGCGGGCUCAUCAGCUCAAAUUGCGGCACUGGAACAAGCAAUUGCUGCACUUCGCGGGAUGAGCACAACCUCGACUACACCACCGUCCAGCAAGGGCAAAAGGAGCGUGGACACAGCAUCUAUGGCAUCAAAAUCUACGGUCAAGGACACCAAUGCGAGAAUCGUCGAGAUAGACGAAUUCUCAGAGGAUUUUCAGUACGAAGUGUAG